CUAGCUCUGUCUGCCUUCAGUAACCACCACUUUAGACUUUGCUAGUGAGAGAGAGAAGACAGAACAGAUACUAAAGGAACAAAACCACAGGAUUUAGACUCCUCUCCCCCCAUCAGAGUCUACAGACCAACAAUGACUGGGUUUAGCUGAUACCCUGAAAGCCCUAGAUCAUCUCCAGUCGGGGCGAACUUCUACAGAGAGGUCCAUGCACUGUUUUUUUUUCAUGCUAACUUAUUUAAGCUCUCCCACUUGGAUAGACGUGCAGGUGUUAUAGCUUUUUGCCAUAGACAUCUGGGGGAAAUGAAUGUUCCCUUGAAGAACAAGACGUGUUCCAUACUCCUUUGGGGCUACUUGUUGCUGAGGUCCAUACAGGCCGACUUUACCUUUGACAAUGAGGUCCACUCCAGCUUCAUCCAAAGGCGAUUACGGAGCCAGGAGCGUAGGGAAAUGCAGAGGGAAAUCUUGUCUAUUUUGGGACUUCCGAACCGACCGAGACCUCACUUGUAUGGGAAACAAAACUCUGCUCCAAUGUUCAUGCUGGAUUUGUACAAUGCGAUGACAGUGGAAGAAGAGGAGGCAGAAGGCUUUUCAUAUCCCUACAAAGCCAUCUUCACCACACAGGGGCCACCCUUGGCUAGUCAACAGGACAGCAAUUUCCUCAAUGACGCCGACAUGGUCAUGAGUUUUGUCAACUUAGUUGAGCACGACAAAGAAUUCUAUCAUCAGCGUCGCCAUCAUCGAGAGUUUCGGUUUGAUCUUGCCAAAAUCCCAGAGGGGGAAACUGUAACUGCAGCCGAAUUUCGGAUAUAUAAGGAUUAUAUCCGAGAGAGGUUUGAAAAUGAAACAUUCAAGAUCAGUGUUUAUCAGGUCCUACAGGAACACCCAGGGAGAGACUCGGACCUGUUCCAGCUUGACACCAGAACGAUUUGGGCAGCCGAGGAGGGAUGGCUGGUGUUCGACAUCACGGUGACCAGCAAUCACUGGGUGGUGAAUCCUCAGCAUAACCUGGGACUUCAACUGUCUGUAGAAAGCUCAGACGGACAAAGUAUUAACCCAAAACUAGCUGGCUUGAUAGGGACAAACGGGCCCCACAACAAACAGCCAUUCAUGGUGGCGUUCUUCAAAGCUACAGAGAUCCACUUACGCAGCAUUAGAUCGACAGGCGGAAAGCAGAGAAACCAGAACCGUUCCAAAGCUCCAAAGAGCCAAGAGGCACUACGAGUGUCAAACAUUGCAGAAAACAGCAGUGCUGAUCAGAAACAAGCCUGCAAGAAACACGAGUUGUACGUCAGUUUCCGUGAUCUUGGCUGGCAAGACUGGAUUAUUGCUCCAGAGGGAUACGCAGCAUAUUAUUGUGAAGGAGAAUGUGCUUUCCCUUUAAAUUCUUACAUGAAUGCAACAAAUCACGCCAUAGUACAAACUCUGGUUCAUUUUAUCAACCCAGACACUGUCCCGAAGCCAUGCUGUGCACCUACUCAACUCAACCCAAUCUCUGUCCUGUAUUUUGAUGACAGUUCCAACGUAAUACUGAAGAAAUACAGAAACAUGGUCGUCAGAACGUGCGGUUGCCAUUAGUUUUGAGAAUGAUCUUUCCCACUCCCAACACAUUGCUUUGGCCAAACUGUUUAUGGUGCACUCCCAUGUAGGAUCAAACUAUGCUGAUUACAUCAACCAGUUUCCAUAAGUGUAAUUGAUCUUUCUUCAUACGAGUAUUUAUGCAUAUUUUUGUAGUUUUAGCAUCACAGUGUGUGGAGUCUAACAAGAAUCGUCCUUUGCCAUAUAAACAUUGAAAGGUGCAAGGAUAGGAUGUCCUGCUUCCCCCACUUUGUCUGCUGAAAAUGUAGAGACAGAAGAGGACUGCAGUCUUAUGAUAUCGUGGUAAUCAAUUCAAGAAAAAAACAAACAGAGAGACAAAGAAUUCCAGGAAAAAACAAAACAAAAAAUUGCCUCUGAAUUUUAUGUUAUCUUUAUGGAUUCUGCUGGGUGACACCAUUAUUCAGUGACAUUGAUAUUCACCCUGCUAAAUGUAGCAAAAAGGUCAUUGGAGUCCAAUUAUAGGCCCCCAGGAAAUCAGAUGUAUUCUUCUUCUUGUGAGACCUAACAAUACAUUGCAACUUAGACCAAAACUAGUUGUGAAUAAUGUUGUUCCACUUUAGUGUACAAAUCAUACAGUUUGGUGUAUACACUAAACUUCGUUAGCCCUAAUUAUGGACAGAUUACACAUAGUGAUCUGGGCACCAAUUUGGUAAGUUAACAUGUAAUAUAGCGAUGUCGGAAUGGGGUGGUGGUAGAGAGGACUCUUUUAUAAAAUGUUUUUACUCCCCUAAUAUGCUGUUGACCAUAGAAUUAGUGAAUUAUUUUUAAAUACAAUUUUGUACACAAGAUGAUGUUUCAAUUGCAGUCACAUUUGCAUCACUUUUACUUCAAGACAAAUAUGACACCACCUCGAUCCUGGGAUUUAACUGCAUAUAAUGAAGCAUUAAUGAACGCUUGUUGGAUGAGACUACUUGCGAUGUGCAAUGUCAAUGUGGAUUUGAAAAAAACAAAAACUUGGUGUUUUAUAUAGAAAGGGGGAAAUACACACAAAGUGUAACUUUUUACAUUUUUUUAAAAUAAUUCAAUGAAAGUGUAACAUUUUAACUUUCGAUGAGGCUGCUUGCAAUUCCCCUACCUGUUUGGCCGUGUGACUACUUUGGGGAGAAAUCCAACAGAAAUUACAAUGACCACUAUUUAAUGUGUUGGAGAUUUAAGAUUUUGUAAGGUGCACAAUUACUAUAAGGUGGGUGUGAGAAUAUCCUGAGUUGUAAAAGAAGAAUAAGAUAAUAGCAAAGACAUUGCAGGUGGGUCAGAGCUAGGAAUUGGUUUGGCUGCAGUUUAGCUGUGUCUAGUUUUCUAGCUCCCCCCAAAAUUUAGGGGUUUUGCCUUUCACUUCCAACUAAUUUUACCCCUUAAUUUGAUCCUACAUGGAAUGUUUACUAGCUGCUAUCUUUUUCCAUCACCUAAGGUGUUAAAUAACUCGAAAGACCUUUGGACAUAAAAAAAAAUAUUGGAAAGUAAAACAAAUUAGACUUUCACGUGUAAUACAUUUGUUUUUUUAAGAACUGACAUUUUGUUUUUCAUUCCAAAGAUUGAAAAGAUAUUUUCUGUGUACAGACGAAAAAUAAUUAAAAACAAAACAAAAAAUGUUGUCUUUCAUUGCAUUUUUGUUCUUUGCGUUUUUAAUUAACUUAUUUUAGAGAGACAAUCUAAGGUGCUAACAUCGGGAUAGAUUUCUAUCGUUCUAAGACAGCCAAAAAGAAGAUUAGAGUAUUAUACACUUAACAGGAAGUGAUGGUGCUUUGACAAAUGCCUUUCAAAAUUUAAGCGAAUUUACCGAAUAUUAAGAUAUUUUCCACCAACUCGACUACAUU